AAAUGAACGCACACACGUAGGCACACGUUUUACGUGUAAACCAACUAAUAAUUAGUAGAAGUAGAAUUUGUUUUAUUAACAAUAGAGUGGUGAUAGUUUUUCUUUACAUAAAUGUUAAGAGACGAUAAUUGUAUUUGUAAACUUAGAUUAGAAUCUUAUUAUUAUUUAUAAAAAUGAAAAAAUUCGGUAUUUUGCUGUUGUUGUCAAUAAUAAUGUAUCGUUCACAUGCGCAACAGCCGGAAAGUGAACCAAUCAACAAUGAGGAUUCUUCGAAGCGGGAACUAUUUGAACAACAAGAAAUUGAACUGUUUAAAAAAUUAUUCACAAGACGACGAAGUGAACACAAUGAGGCAGUAAAAAGGAUACAGAAAAUUGAAAAUUACGAGAAACGAUACAAAAUGUUAUCAGUUUUAGUCGAGAAUGUUUAUAAUGUUAUAGACGCAAAUCGACAAUUUUUGGAAAAAGUUAAAUUCGAUCCCAAUGUUUUAUUUCAAGAAAAUCCUGAAGUGAAAGACGCACUUUCUGGAAUACUGGAAAAUACGGCACUCUUUGGAGACGUGGUUUUACAUUUUCCCGAUAUAAUGCAAAGAAUUUUGAAGCAUCAACCAACGUGGCAUUCGCUGAUGAAGUGGUCCUUUAGUUUUGUCAGUCAAAUGAGACAUCUCUUGGAUAAAUCAACAUUUACGAGACUUCAUUUAGCAGAGCAGGAACUUAAUUUUAUCCCAAGGAAUCCUGAUUACGUGAAUCCCUAUUGGACAAAUCCUAGCGAAGACACGAACAAGAAAGCAGCAUUGAAAAAAGAAAAACGAAAAAAAGAACCGAGAAUCACGAGAAUUGAAUUUUUGUCAAUUUUGUCUUCUAAAAAAGAGAGCAGUGAAGAAGAAAAUUAAAAAGGAAUUGAAAGAAAGAAAAUAUAAUUAGAAUUUAUAAUCAAGUUGUUGACUAGAAGAACUUGAGAGUUCAUGCAACUAACGAAGGAUCCUGGAACGAUUGGUUGGCAG